CGUUGCGCAGCCAACGAGUGCCUACCGCAACAGAGUUGCAACACGCCGAGUCACGACUCAAGACUCACGACUUACGACUGGCUCUGGCUCUGGCUCCGGCUCCGCUCUCAAUCGUGAAUCGUGAAAAGAUUGAGGCGCACCACUCGGAUCUAUGGUCACAGUGCUAGCGCUGGCGCUCUAUGGAGUACAAUCACGACUUGCUGGACUUGACCGCACAUGUACAAGAGCAGACACAGCGUCUACCUAUACACACUGGUGCAGGCCCGCAUUGCUUAGUCAUUACACGAGUAUGGCUCAGAGCUGCCUCGAAGACAUGAGCCUCGUUCGCGGGUCCUUGACGGAAGAAGAAUUCAGCUGGAGAGGGACAGCGUCUGAGUGCUCCGCCUUCCAGACCGCUUACGAAAGCUUUCUGAAAGAACAGCAAGACGCCCAAGAUACCUUGGCGCUUCUGAUUCGAGAUGGUGUGACGACCAUCAGCUUGUCCGCACUGCUUUGCAAAGAGCCCUCGGUAAGCUUGCUGGUCGAUUACCCGUUGCUGAGCGCUGGUGCGCCAUCUUCGCCCGAGGGAAACAUCGACGUGCGAGUAUCGAUCGCAGCUCCGACACUACAGGAAGGUCAGAAGAGGUCCCUCAACGAGCUGCUCAGCACGAGGCUCGCAGAGAUCAAAGAGGAGCAAGUCGUUUCAAAUCCAGUCUUUGAUAUCUACUCGCUUCUCAGUGAGCACAUCAGCUCUCACCCCGUAUCAUCCGCUGCACACGAGGCACCCCCAGCGCCUGUCAGCGAGACCCCUCAACACAGCAAAUCUCAAAGACAGGGGCCCGUUGAUAUGAGAAGAGACAUCUUUUGGACACAUCAUCUCCUGGCCCCUUCUAAGCGGCGAGACUUCAACGCCUGGUCAUCGGAGCUGGACGUUUGGAUCCUCGUCAAAAUUGGAUACCCAGGAUUCCUGAUCUUUGAGGGCCUGGCAGAGGGGGUCGAAGAGCUCUGUCGCAGAGUCAAAGGUCUUCAAUGGGCAGCCCUCUCUCACAGAUCUACGGUCGAGUAUCAGCACCAGCCAUCAGUCAGCCUUGCCAAAGACCAAGCUAUUGAAGAAGCUCUGCUGGCUUGCAAAGUAGCUCAUGGGCAUGCAGCCAGCAAGAGCAAGUCUGGAUCUGCCCCCUCUGCGCAGAAAGGCCCCAUCGACAGUCACAAAUUCAGGACGGGCUACGAAGAGCUCGAAAGCACGGGAGAGAUCGUUGCAAGAUUGAAGGACGCAUCAUUCCCCGACGAAGAGGUCGUGGGAGGUCUCAGCUUGCGCGUCUCCUCCGCAUCUCGGAAAGAUAAAGGCUGACGUGGGAAAUGAGAUCUAUUUUGAUUUGCACACGAGAGAUCUGCUCUCUUGUGCCAUGCAUCGUACAAUGCUGCUGAGAGCAGCUGCGUCCUCGGAACGUCAAUCCGUGUAGUGUCACGAUCUUCACCGUUUGACGAAACCCAAAAUCA